AUGUCGGCCGUGAACAAGGAGCCAGAGUCUACUAUGUCGAACGAUUCGGUAACUUCAGAUAUAACCCAAACAAGUUUGAAGUCGAACCUUAAUCGUUUGUCAGUUGAAGCAUUAAGAUUUGUUUGUCGUGGAAUGGGUCUGUCGGAAAUGGGCCAAAAACAGAAGAUCGUGUCCAGGUUAUUAAAAGAAAGUCGUAACCGUUUGGGCCCAGAAGAGUCUGUUGAGGAUGCAGGUGUGACCGGUGAUAGGGCACAACGUCCAGUUAUGGGUGAAAAUUCACUAGGUGCUUACGGCAAACAAGGCUUAAUGGGUCAAGAUUUUUCACCAAAUGACAUUGAACGAAGGAGUGUUUGGACCAAGCGUGAGUUGACUAAGCAGCGUAACCAGUGUGAAUACAAUGAGUGGUGUAGAGCAGGAGUGUUAAUGGAUAAGGCAUUAGCCUUGGGCGACAUAAACUACAUUCGUAUGGCAAGGCAGGUCGCUAUGGAAAAGGCCUAUGUCAUAAGG